GUGUCACAUUCUUUUAUGUCCCCAAAAUGGCGAAUGUAGCAGCAGCCUCCAUCGCCGCUGCAGCCGCCGCUGCCGCCGCGAACAGAGACCCAGCCGUGGACCGCUCGCUACGAUCCGUAUUCGUGGGAAACAUUCCGUACGAAGCUACUGAGGAACAGCUCAAAGAUAUCUUCUCUGAAGUGGGACUUGUUGUCAGCUUCAGGUUAGUGUAUGACAGGGAGACAGGGAAGCCAAAGGGAUAUGGCUUCUGUGAAUAUCAAGACCAGGAGACGGCCCUCAGUGCCAUGCGGAACCUGAACGGAAGAGAGUUCAGUGGCCGGGCUCUCCGUGUGGACAACGCAGCCAGCGAGAAAAACAAGGAAGAGCUCAAAAGUUUGGGAACAGGAGCCCCCAUAAUCGAGUCUCCUUAUGGAGAUUGUAUCCAGCCGGAGGAAGCUCCAGAGUCCAUCAGCAGAGCCGUGGCCAGUCUCCCGCCAGAGCAGAUGUUUGAACUUAUGAAACAGAUGAAGUUGUGUGUGCAGAACAGUCCCCAGGAGGCGAGGAACAUGCUGCUGCAGAACCCUCAGCUGGCUUACGCCCUGCUGCAGGCCCAGGUGGUCAUGCGGAUCGUUGACCCUGAGAUCGCUUUGAAAAUGCUGCACCGUCAAACUACAGUUCAGCCUCUGGUUCCCAGUGGACCGGGCGCAGCGGCCCCACCAGUCAAUCCACCUUCUGCACAGCCCAGUGCGCCAGUGUCACAGCCGCAGCCUGUGCCUGGUCUGCACGUCAACGGAGCCCCUCAAAUGAUGCAACCCCCAAAUAUGGGUGUCGUCCCAGGACCAAUGCCUGGACCAGGACCAGGACCUGGACCGGGACCAGGACCAGUUGGACCUCCAGGAAACCUUCAGCAUUCUCCCACAGGAUCAUCUGGCCAAGCUGCCAUCGAGCGUCCUCAAGGACCUGGUGGUAUCCCGCCCAGAGGCCUGCUGGGUGAUGGUCCCAAUGACCCCAGAGGAGGAACCCUUCUGUCUGUCACUGGAGAGGUCAUAGACCCCAAUCGAGGCUACAUGGCCGCUCCACCACAACACCAGGCCCCCCCUGUACACAUGGCCCCACCAAUGGCAGGUGGACCACCGCCGGACAUGAGAGGACCUCCAAUGGACAUGAGAGGCCCACCCAUGGGUGAACCACGGAACAUGAUCGGUGACCCCAGAGGACCCCCGAUGAUGGAGCCACGGGGACCUCCAAUGGAAACGAGAGGCCGUGACCCGAGGGCGAUGGACGCUCGCGGGCCAGUGACUGCACAGAGGGUUCCCAUGGCUCCAGCAAUGCAAGGCCCCGUCCCUCAUGGCAUGGGUCCAAACGCUCCUCCACCUGCACGACCGGGUCCUGGUAUGGCCGGUGUUCCCCCGUCAGGAGGCGGCUUCAGUCCGGGGCAGAGCCAGGUCUCCUCACAGGACCAGGAGAAGGCUGCCCUGAUCAUGCAAGUCCUGCAGCUGACCCCAGAACAGAUCGCCAUGUUGCCUCCAGAGCAGCGGCAGAGCAUCCUCAUCCUCAAAGAGCAGAUUCAGAAGACGGCAGGAGGGGCACCGUGACCCGCCCCGCAGACGACAGCAGGGGUGGAGGUUUUCCCACUUUUUUAUAAGGAAAUUCUGAUUCUCUCUUCAUCAUAGAGCAAAAAGUCUCAUUCUGACCGUGUCUGAAGAUGCCUCCUCUUAGUCUGAACCUUUGUAUAGUUUUUCCUUUUUUUUUUUUUUAAAUCAAGUUGUCUGUUUUCUGUAUGAAAGACUAAAGUUUGUGUUUUUGGAUUCUAGAAUAAGCAUAACUGUCAACUGUGUUCAUGCGUUUGCUCUGGAAAAGGAUCUGAGUCGUGUUUUGUCAAUAAAACAAACAAAAGAAAA